AUGAAUACAGCCUUCGGAGCCAUCCCCAUCCUGUUCAGGCAUCCGUCUGCCUAUGGUCUGUCUCGGAUCACCAGCAGUCUGUACCUCAGCAAUGGGGAGGCGGCCAACAACAAGCUCUUCCUCUAUGCCAACCGGAUCACCACUGUUAUCAAUGUCUCCGUGGAGGUGGUCAACACCUAUUUCCCAGACAUUAACUACAUCCACGUUCCCGUCACCGAUGCCCCCUCAGCCCGCCUCUAUGACUUCUUCGACGCUGUGGCUGAUAAGAUCCAUGCGGUGGAAUUAAACGAAGGCCGCACCCUGGUGCACUGUGCUGCGGGCGUCAGCCGCUCCGCUGCCCUUUGCAUGGCCUACCUGAUGAAGUACCAUUCGAUGUCUCUGGCCAAAGCGCACUCCUAUGUCAAGGCCUGCCGUCCCAUCAUCCGGCCCAACAUCGGCUUCUGGCAACAGCUCAUUCAGUACGAGCACAAACUCUUUGGGAAGACCAGUGUCUCGAUGGUUCGGUCUCCGCUGGGGGUGAUUCCUGAUCUCUACCAAAAUGAAGUCAGGGUCAUGAUAGCCUUAUGA